UAUCAUGUGGGGGGAGAGCGAGCCCGCCACCCAGCCACCCAGAGAGAGAGAGAGAGUGAGCGAGCGCGAGCUACCUGCUAAUAUCCAUCUGGAGCUACACAGUGCACCAGGCUGAGCGCGAGCGCCUGCUGCUGCUGCUCCUCACAGCCGACAGCUCGCAGCACAAGCAGCUGCUGCUUCAACCAGUGCACUUCAGUCUCUUCUAUACAUACAGAUAACAAUUGAAAAAAAAACUUGUGUGUGCAUGUAAAUAUAUUUAUUUUAUGGCACCUUUUUUUAAAAAAAACAAGAAACUAAAUUUCUGUUUUCAGACGGUAUGAGGUGUUUUGAGUGAAGCAGGAAAAAAAAGAGGAUUUAAGAUAUAUAGCAAUAUUGGAGGAUGAAGAUGAACGCAAAAGUGUCGUUAAAGUUGAUCCUGGUACUGGUGGUGGCCGCCAACAUGCUUGACAGCGAAGCAAAGUCGCGUGAAAGGAGUGAGAAAUCUCCGGUGAGGAGGUGCCUGGAUGGGAGUGCGCCGCGCCGCUUGAAGAAGAGGGACAGAAGACUGUUGGCACUGGACGCCAGUGGGUACAUCUGUCAUAAACUCUACAGUCGGCUGUCCUGCUGCCCCGUGAACAGGCAUUUCCCGCAGUUCGUUGAUCCCAAGGUAUUUUCUGUUACAAACAACACAGAAUGUGCAAGGUUGCUGGAGGAAAUCAAGUGUGCCCAAUGUUCACCACAUGCACAGAAUUUAUUUCACUUACCUGACCAAGAAGAAGCAUCAAACAAUGAGCUAGCCUUACCCAUGUUGUGCAGAGAUUAUUGCAAACAGUUCUACUUUGCCUGCAGAAGCCACGUAGCAGGAUUAUUCCAGACCACUUCAGAUGAGUUCUGCAACCUUUAUUCAGCAAAGGACAAUGGGAUGUGUUUUCCUGACUCUCCCAGAAAACAAGUGCAAGGACCAGCUUCUAACUAUUUAAACCAGAUGGAUGAAUAUCACAAAAUGGAACAGAUCAACAGAAAACAUAAAAAAAACUGUUUCUGCCUUCAUGAAAUGAUCAGUGGACUCAGACAGCCUACUGGAUUAGUGCAUUGUGGGGAUGGAUCACAGAGACUCUUCAUCCUGGAAAAGGAAGGUUUUGUGAAGAUUUACACUGCUGAUGGAGAAUUACUUAAGGAAUCAUUUCUCGACAUCCACAAACAAGUCCAGAGUGGAAUAAAGGGUGGAGACGAAAGAGGAUUGCUAAGCCUUACAUUCCAUCCCAAAUACAAGAAAAAUGGAAAGCUCUAUGUGUCUUAUACCACCAACCAAGAACGAUGGGCCAUUGGACCACACGACCACAUUCUUAGAGUAGUCGAAUACACUGUAUCCAGAAAAAAUGCAAAUCAAGUGGAUACAAGAACAGCAAAGGUAUUGAUUGAAGUAGCAGAGUUACACAGAAAGCAUUUGGGUGGACAGCUCUUGUUUGGGCCUGAUAGCUUCUUGUACAUCUUCCUUGGAGAUGGAAUGAUUACUCUUGAUGAUAUGGAAGAGAUGGAUGGGUUAAGUGAUUUUACAGGCUCUGUGCUUCGAAUUGAUGUAGAUACUGACUCCUGCAAUGCGCCUUAUGCUAUACCCAGAAGCAAUCCAUAUUUUAACAGCACCAAUCAACCACCAGAAAUAUUUGCACAUGGACUUCAUAAUCCAGGGAGGUGUACAGUGGAUCAGCAACUCAUAGACGCUAAUGGUAAUCUGACCAUACUUUGCUCAGAGUCAAAUACCUGGAAUAAAUCAUCAGGAAGAAUAAUCAAGAUAACAAGGGGAAAAGAUUAUGAAACAGAACCUCCAGCAGUUGAAUUCAAAUCUUCUAGCCACAACCCUUUAGUAGGUGGCUUUAUAUACAGAGGAUGCCAAUCUAGAAGACUUUUUGGAAGCUAUAUCUUCGGAGGCCGAAAUGGGCAACUGAUGAGCCUUCAACAAAACCCUUUGAACAAACUAUGGCAGGAACGAAACUUGUGCCUUGGCAGUAGCACCACCUGCAAAAAUUCUCUUAGUGGUCAUAUCUCAGGAACGAUUUUGGGAUUUGGAGAAGAUGAAUUAGGCGAGGUCUACAUUUUGGCAAGCAGUAAGAGUGUGACACAAGUGCACAGUGGGAAGCUCUACAAACUGACUGACCCCAAAAGAGCUUUGGUUCCAGAAGAAUGUAAGAGAUCAAUGCAGCCUCCACAACCAGUAGCAUCAGAGUGCUCACAUCAUUGUAGGAAUGGACAUUGCACUCCAACAGGAAAAUGCUGCUGUAUUCCAGGCUGGGAGGGAGAGUUCUGUCGAGUGGCAAAGUGUGAUCCAGUAUGUCGGCAUGGUGGCGUGUGUGUGAGGCCUAAUAUGUGCUUAUGUAAGGAGAGCUACACCGGACCACAGUGCGAGCAAGUGGAUAGAAACAUUCAAAGAGUUGCAAGGGCAGCAGUUUGCCAGCAGCCCAGAAAGGAUGGGAACUGCAACAUCCCUACAAGACGAUGGUUCUUUAAUGUGGAAACCAGGCAGUGUGAACAGUUUUUCUAUAACGGUUGCCAGGGUAACAAAAACAGAUUCAGCUCACAAGAAGAAUGCGUAAAAACCUGCUUACCAAGAAACUAUCAAGGCACAGGACUGAUACAAGGGAUGGAUAAAUAAGCUCUUGGCCAGCCACCUUUUAGUUUCUUCCACACAGAGAAAAAGAACAAAUGCAUUUCAAGAUAAUUUUUACUUUUUUGAUGUAUAUUUUACAUGGGACUAAAAGAUUUUAAAACUCAAAAAUGGGAAAACAGGUUACUUCAGGUUUUUAUUGUCUAACCUUAAAUUUAUUUUAAAAUGAUGUGUAAUAUCUGAAAUGAGAUUUUAGAAACCGUGAUAUCUAAGAAAAGUGGUCAGAAAAGUGCGUAAGCUCAUUACUGGUCUGUCAUUCAUCGGAUUCUAAUUGGUGUACGUAGAUUUAAAAAAAGACAUUUAAAUGUAUAAUUUCUUUUAAAAUCUAAUAUAUUGUUUAUGUAAAUGCAUGCUUAAUGUCCUCAAGAAUACAGUAUUAUACUGUGACCAUUGAGCUGAUAAAUUGUAUUUUUAAACAUAACCUGUUACGUACUGUAUUGCAUCUGUUAUUAUGCUAUGUGUAAACAACAAAUAUGCUAAAGUAUAUUUUUAAUACAGUAGCUGCAAAAACAUUUGACCACUGACAGUUCUCUUGAACUACUAUGGCUCGCUUUGUGGGCCCAUAUCUAGAUGUUCAUUAAGCUGUAAUCCAGUGGUGAAAGGGGAGUUAUUGAUGUUAAUUUGACGAAGGAACCAUUGGUGCCUAGUACUGUAUGUUUGCCAAGGCCAACAGUGAACAGGUUAUUAUUAUAAGUGUGUUUUUUGAUGCUUGGAGAUGAGCUCUCAUACUGCUGCUGGAAAGAUAAGAUUUUAAUUUUUUUCGUCUCCCUGUCCUCAUCCAUUUCGCUUCUCAGCAAACCCCAGCACUUUUCCAUUAAAAGAAAAAUAUCCUGCUAAGAUCCAUUUUUUCUCCUUGUAUCAAUUUAACCAUGCAAUACUCUAUGCCAGAUUUGUAUUAAUGUAGAGUUCUGACCCCCAUACCUUUUGGAAUUUGCCAUGUAUGUUCAGCACUUAAAUGCAACAAUUUAACUGUGAACUUGAGUACAGAACAUGAGAAGAAACAAGUUAAUCUGUGAUUAGGUGAGGCAUUUUCUGGAAAUAGUUAUGCAAAGAAUUAUUAAAUGUGUUGUGUCAAAA